AGCAUCCCUCUCUGAAUGACAGCUAUUACUGUACGUUAGUAUCGGAAAUAAAUGUCGGACAUUUAUUCUCCAGAGUGGAUUCAAGCGGAGUAAGUGUUGGACUUCAAAUCGAUCUAGCCUGGAGUCCUUGUUUAGACGGUAACAAACAACGUCAAAUACAAAGACAAACUUAUGCUGAAAAAACUUUUUUGAUUAAUCAAAAUGCAAGACGUCAAUAAUGCAUCAGAAAAUGAGCGAAUCAAAGACGUUCAAUGGAGUCACGAAGAGUUGGUGAAUUUAACAAAAGAAGCUAUUGACAAAAUUAUCGAAAGUGAUCCCUUGUUUCGUGGACUUCCAUCAGAUGCAACAGUGGAUGAGAUAAAAGCCCAAGUUGCAGUUGCAGAAGGUCAAGCUAUUACCGUAUAUUUGAACAGAGGAGCACUUCCAAGACUCGCAGUGGUGGUUCCACCCAACAAUACGACAGUUUCAGAUCUCAAGAAAGCAAUAGAGUGUCAAACGAAUUUGUCUCUGAAACGGGAGAAAGUUCACAAGAAAAUAAGUUGGAGACACAUAUGGAAAAAAUAUGAUAUCUGUUUUGAUCAAGUCCCUCUUAAUAAUAAUGAGGAAAACAUGAAAAAUUAUGGUGUGUGUAAUAGAGUUGAACUUCAUUAUAGGAAACGUCACAGGGAAAAGAAUAAAAUUCGUCCCGCAGUGAGACAUUAAUAAAAUAAUAAA